AUGCUGUGCGAUCUGAUCCGUGAAACACGGCGCGUCUGGCGCUGUGCUUCCUCAGUCGCACACUCCGUUUUCCCAGUCACUGCCGCAACCCCUUCCGCCGUCUCCCCCAUCUCCCCGCAACCGCGCCAUAUUCCCGCCUCCCCAUCUCCCCAACACUCAUCCUGCUCCGGAACUUUCAGCCCCCUUAUUCCCGUCCGUGCCGGCGGGGAGUCUAAGAGCGCCGCAUCUGGAGCCGCGGCUGGCCGUGCAUCACGGCGUGCCUGGCGCUGCCUCCGUGCUCGCCUACGAUCCCGUGCAGCGGCUGCUGGCAGUGGGAACGCGCAGCGGCUGCUGGUCGGCAGUGGGGGACGACGAGGCAUGGGGAUCUGGUAUUGGCGUUGUGAAGGGGAAGGUUUUGGAGUAGAGAGUUCAGGAGAAAGUUAUGGAAGAAAGGAUUUGGAGGUGUUGGAUGCGGUGCUCAUUGGUGAUUCCAAGUAUCGAGUGCUGGCGGCGGGGAGGGGAGGGGACGCAGGAUGGGCGCAUCAAGGUGUUCGGGCACGAUGGCAUCGAGGCGCUGCUGCUCUGCUCGCCUGCCAAGGCCGCCUCCGAGCCAACGAAACACCAGUUUGGUACCAAGUAAAUAAACACCUGACACCCAACAAACUUUCCCCCCUCCCCACCAGGGAUGGGCGCAUCAAGGUGUUCGGGCACGAUGGCAUUGAGGCGCUGCUCUGCUCGCCUGCCAAGGCCGCCUGCAAGUUCCUCGAGUUUGUGUCUAACUCCGAGUACAUGGUGCAGGUCACAUUUUUCAACGCCAUUGAGAUCUGGAGUCUGGCUGAGCGCCAGAUGACGGACUCACUGCAGUGGGAUGUGGUCAUCACCGCCUUCUCCACCGUCCCCGACACACGCUUCCUUUAUGUGGGCGACGAGAACGGCGUCUUCCACGUGUUGGAGCUGGAUGGGGGGCGGCUCAACAAGCGCCCCUACUCCGUGCCUCCCUAUAUCACCAUGGCGGGUCUUGUGAAGCAGGAAUCAACACACAUGCCGGCCCUCAUAGCCAUUCUCCCCCAACCCGAGGCCCUCCACACGCGAGUCCUCCUCGCCUACUCCAACUCCCUCGCGCUCCUCUGGGACCUCCACGCCCUGCGCGUGCUCGCCACGCGCGGCGGCUCCGAGACACAGUGCACGCGCCUCUCCGAAGCGGGCGACCGGCUCGCAGACCUCCAAACAGGCAGGCGGAACGUCCCGAAACCCACGGACGAGGAUGAGGAGGAUGACGAGGAGUGUGAUGGGCCUGAGCUCUCGUGCUUGUCGUGGGCGUGCCCGGCUGGAUCGGUGUUUGCUGCUGGGUAUACCAACGGAGAGAUUGCGCUUUGGGGGCUGCCGCACCCGCCGUUACCCGUAGGGGGGGGGAUGGGAGCGGCAGCGGGAGCAGCGGGAGCAGUGGGAGCCAUGGGAUCACUGCCACUGUCCGGGUCUCUUUCCUCCUCUGCUCCGCUGAUCUCGCUGUCGUCGCCGUCUGGCGGGUGGUUGGUUGCGCCGAUCUCGCCGUGCACUGUGAAGGCGCUUGCGGAGGAGAUUACAUCGCAGCCGUUGGUUCGGCUGCAGGUGCAGGGCGGGAAGGGCGAGCGGUCGGCGAUCACGGCGCUGCGAUGGUGUGCCGAUGCGAGACGAGCAGGGGAUAGAGGAGGAGAAAGAGGAGAGAACAGAGAAAGAGGUGGGGAGAGAUGCACAGAGAGGGGAGGAGGGAGGCUGUAUGUGUGUGGGGGGGAGAUGCCGGGGCUACCAGGGUCAGUGAGUGUGGUGCAGCUGGGGGGGUUAGAGGAGGGCAUGAAGGAGAAGGGCAUGGUGAAGCUGCCAUGGUUUGGGCCCGUGGCCGAUGUCGUGGUGGCACCCUCUGCUCUCGGCAGCACGGUUGCCUCUGCCAUCCUCGUGCUCACCUUCCCUGGGCAGGGGUUGAAAGAGGAGGGAAUGAGGGAGAAGGGGAUGGUGAAGCUGCCAUGGUUUGGGCCCGUGGCCGAUGUGGUGGUGGCGCCUAGUGCUCUCGGCAGCACGGUUGCCUCUGCCAUCCUCGUGCUCACCUUCCCCGGUCAGGUCCACCUAUACGACGAGCCGGGCAUGGAGCGGCACCUGUGUGCGCGCCUGCUCUCCCCGUCGCCCUCCUCCCACACCCCCACUCCGCCCGACCCUGUGGCGUUUGAGAACCCGGGCUCGGCGGUUACCACGGGCAGACUCAUGCUCGCGCCCUGGGGCACGCACGCCUCUCACGUGCUCUCCCAGCUGCCCCGGGUCUCCCAGACGCGCUGUCCCUCGGCGCUCUCCCACGGCACCAAGUGGCCCGUGGCCGGGGGCUCAUUUGGCCAGCAGCCGGAAAUUUCUCCCGAGGAUGGGCUGUGCCUCUACAUCUCAGGCCACCGCAAUGGCGUCACUCACGUCUCCGAUGUCUCGACUCCCCUCAUCGUUCCCCUAGCUUCCGCGCCAGCACACCUGACACAGGCGGAUGACCAGCCGAGCUACACGGCAGUGACAGCCGUAGACUUCUGCGCCGUGUCAGCGCUGCUGCUGGUGGGGCAUGAGGACGGGCUGGUGGAGCUGUUUGAGCUGAGCAUGCGCAGGAGAACGCUGUGCUGCCAGAUCAUCACGGAGAGAGGCGGCUACGAGCAAGCCACGCCCAGCGAGUGCGAGGAGGGCUUUCAGAUGGUGGCUCAGUUCCACCAGCACCGCGCCAAGGUGCGCAGCGUGGCCCUGGCCACGGGCGUGGGACGCCUAGCAAUCGGGGACAACAACGGCAUGGUCUCUCUCAUCAACCUCGACACUUUCACCCUCAUCUGCUACCGCGAACUCCACCCCGGCUCCUCCUCCUCUCCCAUCUCCGCGACAGUCUUCGCCGCCCUCCCCGUCCCCUCCACCGAUUCCUCCUCCUCCUCCUCUUCCUCUUCUUCCGCGUCGCUCACUUCGGCGUCGUUCCCCUCUUCUACCUCCGCCUCUGCCGCUGUCGCUGCCACUGCCGCGUCUGACACGUCCGCCGCCCGGAGCGCGGCGAAUCAGAGGAAGGGGAGCGUUGGGGCGGGCGGCGGGGGGGCGGCGGGCGGCGCGUCGGGGGCGUAUGAGACGGUGGUGUAUGUGGCGGCGGCCAACACGACAAUGACCAUUCUGGAUGGCACUACUGGGGAUGUCGUGGGCGUGGGACCCAUGCAGCCCAAACACGCCUCUGGCGCUGUCGGCCUGUUCCUCCUUGACCUGAUGGGAUCCGCGAUUCCAUCGUUUGGAGGCAAGCUGCCGCUCCUCUGGGCCAUGCAACAGCCGUCCAUGGCCCGUGGUCUCAACCCUCGAGCCUCCGCUGCAGGCUCGGUAGGCUCCCGAACCUCCGAUGCUGCCGAACCUGGGGACCCGAGCCUGCGGUCUCCGCACGGGCGAGAGAGGCGCGGGAGUGAUGGCGUGGGGCUGAGGGGGGGGGCAGGGGGAGGGGGGGAUGGGGAGGGGUAUAGGGACGGGCAUGGGGGGGCGAAUGAUGGUGUGGAUGGGGGGGAGGAGGGGGGGAGGAGAGGAGGGAAAGGGGGGAAGGAAGGGCGGUUGGGGAAACGGAGCGGUGGAAAGGGGCGGAAAUCGAAAGCAGCAGCAGGAGAAGGGGUUCUAGAAGAUAGUGGCUCGCAAUCACAAGCCUCCGACCUGCACCCACGCUCACAACAACACCCAGCUGACCCGUCUAAAGCCCCUCAUGUGAAGGACGAUACAGCAAAGCCUCCCUCCGGGCGGCGAAACCCUAAAAAGCCGCCGUCCGUCACUGUAGACACCACAUCCGCUACCACUGACCCGUCCGCCGCCCCUGCCGCCUCUCUUGGGCCCGAGAACAGCGGAGGGGGAAAAGGGGGAAGAGGAGGAAUGGGGUCGGAUCUAUCCUCCGGUGCUGGUUCGGGUGGCUACUCUGGCUUUGCUUCGGCUCACGACCGGACCUCUGCUAUGUUCAAGCGCUCCCUGACCUCCGUCGCAGGCUCGGGGAGUGCGGUUUGGCCCGAGCCUCACUUUGUGCUGCUGGUGUCUGAGGAUUGCCUGAGGCUCUAUUCCACCAUGGUUGUGCUUCAGGCGGAGCGAUCAGCGCUAAAGCGGGUGAAGAUCUUUGAGAACGACAAGUGUGUGUGGGCAGGCACGUUCGGAGCACACCCGCAGUUCCCCCCUGCCAUCAUCGUCAUCUCGUCCCAAGGGCUAGUUGAGAUCAGGUCCCUGCCUGAUCUGCUGCUGGUCACAUCCACAUCAGUAUCGGAGAUGCUCGGUUGGCAGUACGACAGUCUUCUCAUGCUGCCGCUCACGUGCAUUGCUUCUGACGGCCGCAUUGCCUUUUUGGAUGGAGAGACGGAGAUGGUGCGCCUCUCUCUCUUUGCGCGAGAAAACGCCAUCGGUGGCUUCGCCUGCUGUGCUCCCUUCUGUUUCGCUCCCUUCUACUUUGCUCCCGUUCUGCCCUCCUCACAUUCGUCCCCUCCCCGAUCCCCUCUCCCUUCCCCAUAUCUCCCCCUCCCCCCUCUUUCCCUUCUCCCCAUCAGCCUGCCUCACUCGCUCUCGCGCCUCGUCGACCCAUCCAUCCGAGCCUCCAUCCCCCUUCCCCCACUCACAACCUCCUUCAACACCACUACCACCACUACCACUGCUGCUGCUGCUGCUGCUGCUGCUGCUGCUGCUGCUGCCGCCGCCGUUGCUGCUUCUGGUGCUAUUACUGCGGUUUCAUCGGAUGGGGUGGGUGUGGAGGGGUCUCCAAGGCACGAGGAGUCACCCAGUCAAGGGGGAGGGGAUGCGCUGCGGGCUGUGAGGAGCGAGGGUUUCUUGCAACCAGGGGAAGGUGCCGCUGCGUCUGGCUCUCCGUCUUCCUUCCUCCGAGGCACCAAGGUACACACGAGACGCCGCCUUUAA